GAGAUCUUCCCUGAUGAAGGAACUGGGAAACCCAUUCCUCGGGCCACCGUGCCAGGAGAAUGUCGUCACUUCAAUAAUUCAUUUCGCAGCGUACAUGUUCGCCUGGUGUUGUGUGUGGGACUGAAGAUCGGGACAUGUCCGCAUGAACCAUCUGAAAAAUCACGGCGGGUCGUCUACUCCCGAAUCUGUUGCUUGAUGCAGGGAAUACGGCAGGGACAACCGUAAGGUCAUUACAGUCGCCCAGGUGAGUGAAAUCAACAGUUGUGACGGAUUCCUCGAAGAAAGAUUGAGACGUCCCAUUGCCCGGGAAGAUUGUCAGCGCAGUGCCCCAAGCUCCGUUUUAUUCUAAGAGCUCUGCCAGUCAGAAAUCACCGUUCAUUAUUGAAGACAGCCGUACUUUCUUCGUCAUCAAUACAUCAUCGCUGUUGUCUGCGCCAAUAAUAGAUUUUGUGCGAAGGGUUGGCAAAGUUCCCAAAUUUGCCGCCGCGGCUGAUAACUUGUGGAAUUCAUCACAAAAGCGGUUUUGCAGAGACUGGUAUGUAAGGGGUCGAUAUGGUUUUCAAACAAAGCAUAUUUCACGUCGUCGUCCUUGCUUUACUCCUCUGCGAAGGGUCACCUAUGGAGGUCACUGUUCAGGUAUUACCAGACGCCACAGAAGGAACUGCUGACCCUCAGAGUGGCCGCUUCAAGACGACCACAGCCCGUGUGGACAUUGAGGACCACCUGCCGGAAGAAAAGUGGUCUCCCGAAGAGCUGUGGAGGAGGAAGUCUUGGGACGACGGAAAAGUGGACACCCCUCGUUCAGAAGACCCAAACGAGACCAAAGGACGACUAGUAGAAACUUCCCACAACAGGAGGCGCCACCAUUGGACGAGAAACAGAAACCCUGGAAACAGAAACCAUGGUAACGGCGACACCCAGCAACCAGGUAGGAGGCGUGAUCAGUGGACGGUUCCACUAUCCCCGCAAGGGGUGCAACCGAACAGGAACAAAAUGACAGUGGUUGAAGAUGACAUUGUGUACAUCAAACCUGAAACUAUGACGGUUACCGAGGACCAUUUAACUGAGCCAAAGGAGAGAAAAGACGGUCCAACCCGGCCGAACAUCCCGCUCGGAAAUAGUAGCAGAGUCUACGGGGCAGUUCCAGACGACACAAGUUACAAGCAGGCCCGUUACGCGAACCGUGCCUGUCCCUGCCGUGCUAACGUCACCAAAUGGUGGGUAGAGCAGUACCCCCACCCGCAGGUGGACUUCCAGCGGUGCGGCCGCCCCGGACCCUCCUGGCUAUGCGAUCCCAACAGGAUACUGUCCACGUCAGAAGCUGACGACAUAGAGGACAUCGUUCUCAACGUCAGUUCGAGCGUGAAAGGGACUCCCUGUCCUCCCAAGGAAAUGGAACAAGACGAGGAGGAUACCAACACCACGUCUGUCAGCAAAUCUCAUACAUUUCCAGGGUACCAGAUAGCGGUGGCGCUGUUUUUUGAUCUGGAAAAGGAAUACAUUGAACAAGACAAACACGCCAUUAUCCGGUUCGCCUGGUCCCUCCUGGGCCGAGCCUGGAAGCCGGGAGACUGUGAUGAGGGAGUGGUCAUCACGUAUUGUGCAGCAAACAAACAGGUGUACACGGCCACGGGAAAAGCUGUCCGAAACAAGCUGACCAACAAGCGAGUCCGCGAAGUGGAGCGAGCCAGCCGGGACGACUUGGAGAAAAACCGGACAGCCGAGGCACUCAAGAAGAUCAUCAUCGCCUACAAGGAGUUCCUAGCCGGGCCCGACCAACUGGGGAUCGAAAUCGUGUACUGUAGCUUAACCAUUGUCAUAUUUCUGGGGAUAUCUUCCACGUGUUUCGUGUGGUGGGUCUACAUGGGGCGAGUUCGUCACUACACGUUUAUAGCGGAUAGGAAGCCGGAGCCGUGUUACAUGCAGUGUUGUAGGCGGGAGGAUAAGAGGGGUUGUUGCGGGGGAGUGAGAUGCUGUAAGGAGGAGGAGGAGGAGGAGAAUCAAGUGGAGGAGGUCAUUCCCAUGCAAGGGGUCACGGCCGUUCGCAAGACCUACGUAGUGCAUGAAGCUCUGACACGGCUGCUUGAAGACUAG